AUGUCUGCGGAACAGGAAGAGCUAAACUUGAGCGAGCUGGUAGGGAACUUGUUGGCAGCGCACAACGAGGAUGAGCUUCCUUCACAGCUUGAACAAGGACACACGGAAAAUAUAGGUGACAUCCCAGAUCUGUCGGAACAUUCUCAAACAAAUGGGGAGUUUGACGAUGAGGAUUUGGCCGCAGUUGUAGCACAAGCCAUUGGCGGGAUGGAAGGACGUGGUACAGAGGAAGCGGACGAUUUAGAAGCAGUACAGCAUGAUGGAAGAGUUCAAGAAGAAACUGGAAAUGCUGGUAAUAAAGAAGAAGAAUGGGCUCAAAUUUUACAACAGGGUCUGUUGCAGGAAAGUCAACUCAAUGCACCUGAACACAUUCAAGGAGAAGACGAAGAAGAAGAAGAAGGAGAACAAGCAAUAAACGUGGCUGGCUCUGAACAUCUGGAUAAUGAGGACGAGGCACUCCGAAGAGCCAUUCUAGAGUCUCUACAAGGCUUCAACGUCACAGAAAGUCAGCCUGUACCUCCAACACAUACCCACGAACCGUCGAAAGUCGCUCACAAGACGAAAGACAAGGAGAAAACCAGCCGAAAGGACAAGAAUAAAGAUAAGAAGGCCAAGAAGAGCGACAAAGCUUCGUCAAGUAAGAAAAAAGCAGCUAAAAAGAAGAAGGAAUCUUCCAAGAAGACUGAUAAAGAGCUUUCUAAACGUGCUUCAACUGCGCCUAAAAAGACCGUCCCAGAAAUUAGUGAUGGUGACUUACUAAAUUUCGAAGAUGUCAUAAAAGGAUUCAUGGAACAAGCAGGCGAUGAAACGCUGCCACAGACGGAAAGUAGUUCCCGAGAUGAUUUAGGUGCUUCUGAGGGACUCAGCGGCGUGACAGAUGCAGAGACACGCUCUCUUGUUGAGAAUACUCUACGGGCUUUUGAAAACGAGCUACUUUUUGGCUCAAAACCUGCCACAAGUAAGAAGUCCACGAGCCACAGCAGGAACAAGCCUAGGGUCACCACAGCAGCACCUGCCCCACGCAAACCAUAUGAAGGUAUUCAACCAAUUGUUCAAACUCUGCCGCUAAGCAAGCCCAAAAAGACCAAAGCAGGCGAUCAUUCCAAGAAGAAAAAAACCCCGAAGAAGAACAGUAAAGAAAGUGAGUACAAUGAGGACGAUUUUUCAAAGGCCUUGGCAGAUAUGGUCAAUCAGGUCGUGAACACAACACUUUCAGACUUUCAACCGUCCAUACGACCACCCUCGGGAGCCAAAAAUCUAGCGGCACCAAGCUUAGAAGUGCCGACUGAAGCAUCUCCCUCACGGCCCGUCGAUCUGCUUGCCACCAGAAAGCCUUCUAUCUCUGAAAAGAAUCCUUCGCGGAGUGAUGACAUACGCAAGGAUUCUGGCAAUGAGUCCUUGUCGAAAGAACGCCGGCCAUCAGAUGAACGGAAAGGUGUACUUGACCGGUUUUCUAUGCAUGAAGACGCCGAUCAAUCUCAUGACCAUGCAUCCGACCUCUCUCAAGUCUCUGAGAGAGUCUUCCAGGCGAAUAAUUUAGAGGACAUACCCGGGGACUCGUUACUGUCUUUUCCUGAUGCAAAGCUGGCAUCUGCGCCUCUUGACUCUGUUGAGCAUAAUGACGGUUUUGAUAUAAACCAAAUAAUGCAGAAUGCUAUGGCAAUGGCGUUUCAUGGUCAAGUCGAGCAACAAUUAAGCCAAUCCGAUCUCAAUGGCUUCAAUAGGCAACUACAAGGAUAUGAUGUCUCCGGUUUCAUGGAUGGCUCUCGCACAUCCACAAAGGGCAAGAAAAAGUCUUCUAAGAAGAAGAAUAGUGGAGAAAAGAAGGCCAAAACCAAGUCUGCCAAAAAGAAAAAGUCAUUGGACCAAAGCGAUCUAGGACGUCCUGCUUCGAUGGAAGGUGGAAGCGUUAUGGAUUUCAACGACUACAAGGUGAAACCUGCGAGAGGAGAAAUCACAACUUCCACCGGUUCAGACGUGAAGUCCAACAAGCCCAAACUUCCUCAUAAGAAAAAGAUAUCCACUCAAGAACUCAGUGCCGCGCUUCAAGCCACGGGUGGAUCCAUACCCGGCUUACUAGAUGAUCUACCGAAGGCAUUAAAUAUGAAGGGAUCUAAGAACUUUGGUAAACUUAAAAAGGCGCUCACUCCACAGCCGAUCUCUGAUAAAUUCUGGAGGAAGAAAUACAAAACGGCGGUAACAGAGGCUGCUGCCAAAGCGAGGCGACAAAGAAUGGACAGGAAUAAGGCAAAUCGCAGGAGGCUAAAAGAGGUUCGACAUGUAAGGCGCCAGGAAAGACACAAGAAACGAGAGGAGGAGCGAUCAAAUGAGGAAAGGGAGAGGAAGGAGCUGGAAAUUCUUGUGGCUCGUGGACCACCCUACCCACCAAAUUUACGACUAACGAAAAAAGGUGUUCCAAAAAAGCCGUAUCGCUGGUACACAAGAGACGAAAUGAAAUCGAAAAAUUCUGCGAUCUCUGCUGAAGCUAUGCGCGCGUGGAGAAGUCGGGCGAAAGCAUUGAGACAUUCGAGCCGAAAGUCGGCACUAGUCACUCGUCCUAAGAAGGUAACCAUUGCCGAUCACACCUCCGAUAAGAUCAUCCAGGAAAGCGAUGAUAGGGCAAAGACCUUAGUCGAAGAAUCUGCUGUGCCCAUUCCCAUCAUCAAACUUCAGUCGAUGGAAGAAGCUCUUUCUUCAGAAUUGCCUUUAGGUUUAGGCGGAAAAUCUCUCAAAGAACGCGACGAAUCAACCGGCAGACGUGAAAAGAAAAAAGACAACAUCAGUUAUGAGUCAGUUCGUAGCUCGAAAACCGUCGUUCACCGAGAGAAGAUUGCUCUACAUCCGCCGUGGGUCAUUCCAGAACGCCCUCCGCUUGCUUUACCUAUAGCACGCAGGAAAAAAAAGGGCAAAGUGAGAAUUUCUGGGAGUUCAAAAAGCACGAAGUCUUCACGUCGUGACGGUAACAGGCUUGGCGCGCCCUCCUUUAUUGCUGGCAAUAAGAUAGUUCCUUCCUCAUUGUUCCCCAUAAUAAACACGUUGAAAGCCGCAGCGAGAGCUAAAGCAGCAGCAGGUGCUACUCCUGAAGAAGCUAGUAGGCACUUGGGUGCGAUGCUACGUAAUGCAAGACUCACAAUAGCUCAAGUUCUUGCUCGGGCUAGGGGUCGUGGAGCGCGAGACUAUGGCAGCAUCAAGACACUGGAUGAUGUGAAAUCAUAUCAAAGUAAGUUAGAUCACAACAAGAGCAAGAAGACACCAUUUUUCACUCUAGGCAGUAUCAAAGCUAUCACGGAACAAAACGAAGACACCGUGGGGACUCGUAUUGAUGAUGGUUCUCCCAGAGCAGUUCAGUGUGAAGACAAAAGUCUCAUGUCAAAGGAGCCGCUAAUAAGUAAAGUCGCGGGCGACAAAGAAAUCAGAGAAUCAGCUUCUAUCCCAGCACCGAAUUUGGAAGAUGACAGAAAAGAAGACAGUAGCUCUCAAAUAACUUCAGACGCAACGAAGUUGCCUCGCAAGUCUACCGACGAGGAUACCAGAUAUUCUUCCUCACUGCUAAAUGAGGACAAACCUAAAACUUUAGAGAUGAGCCCAGGCACCAGUAGGGAUCAAGCACUUUCCAAGAGCCGUGUAGAUUAUUCCCAUGAUCCGGAGAUCAAACAGGAAGUUAGCGAACCGCCUCUCAAAAAGGUAAAGAGUUCUCAGGUUGUUAAGUUGGAAGAAAUCGAGCCUCUAUUGAUAGACGAAAGAGGCGCUUUGUCGAAGGAUGCAAUAACACCACCACCAGCAGGAGACGACCUACCGCCUGAGGUUAAAGCAGAACUGGCACGCGCUAUCAAUGAUAUCGUCAAUCCUCCGGAAAAGUCGCGUAAAAAAUACACCCGAAGAACAACCCCGGUCUUGAACCUUGAGGGGUUGGUCCCUCCAACGUCGUUGAUUUCGAAAAUAAAGCCGGAAGGCAUGGACGAUGCUUUGAGGCACGGAAAACUCUCGAACAGCUCACUGACACAUGAUAAUCUAAGGCCACUGAGUCCACUCAUUAUUAAAGCCGAAGCCCGGACCAAGACGCCGAUGCCUUCUAAGCCUGCUUUCGAGAUCAAGCACAAAUUCGAUAUACCCACUAAGAACAUCGAAGGGCAACCAAUGCCACUCAUUCCAAUUUUGAAAAGGGCCAAGAACCUUUUAACCACGGAUGACCUGACAAAGCUCAAGAAGGCCAUGACAAAUGAGAGGAAGCGCAAAUGGCGGGAAGUCAACGCCACCAAAAACAAAGAUCAUGACUUGCGAGCUCGGCUGAAAAAGAGGGCCAACGCGCUGUUCGGUAGUCUGGAGUCGACUCCCAAAACCAGCUGGUUCAAUCAGGAAUACUCCAAGCGCUCGCUCAAGAUCGAAGUGGAGACUGAUGAGAAGACGAAGCUGCCGACUCAAGAGCUCUCAACAAGCAUAACAGAUCAUGAAGUUUUAAACAUGAUUGUCUGCUUGUUGGAUAAGGAAGAUGUCGCUCGUGCUAUCGAGAAUCAGAUAAAAACUGAGGCCAGUAAGGUGGGGCCUGAUCGCAAAGGAUCAAAGAAAAAGGUGAGAGCCCCCUCAAAAGUGAAGAAAGUUGAGGCAGUUCCUCUAAAUCGAAGGGAAUCCACUCAAACGCUUGCUGAAAACUCAGUGAAUGAGACUAAAAAAGACUCUGUGCUUUCUCAAGACGGAGCCUCCUCCCACUCUCAACCAAGUACGAGAAUUGCGACCACAGUCGAUCCGGUUGAAUCUAUCGAUCCAGUCUUUUCGCAAAUGGCCAAAAGAAACCGAUCUGAAGAGGAGACUGACUCUUUCAAUGGUCUCAAGCGCGCCAAGAGUGAUGACUAUUCGAAGAGUGAACCCCUCAAAAGACCUGCUUAUAUAGAUUUGGGUGGGCCGGAUUGA